CCUCGACAGAAGACGGUAUAUCCAAGAUGGUCGAUCGUAUGGGACUAGAUCCCUUGGGUCUAUCUACGCAAGAGGCCGUCUUCCCUGCCGGACCCGACGACGAGAGAAAUACAGUGGCGACGGAAGAAGAGUGUCCGUUUUUCGACUGGGACUUGUUCACCCACGAUACAUACAACUCGUCCACAAAUCAGCCUGAACUGCAAUGGGACUCUUUAGAGAGCAACACUCUGAACCCUAACACCGUCUUCUCACCUCCCAAUCAAGGCGGUGGCUUCACAACACAAGAACCCAACAGCGAGUUCAUUCCACCCGCCAAUCCUACUACGACCGCCAAUCUACGCCAACCCAGUCAUGGGUUCUCCGACGUCUCCCAAUGGCUCGACGGGGCUUACUCUCCACCCCACCCAUGCAGUUACUGUCGCAGGCACAGACUGCAGUGCCUGAUCUUACGCACGACAUCGGCAAACCCAAACCCCAUCACAUCAUGCUCCAGCUGCGCGGCGCUCUUCCGCGAAUGCAGUCUGGCCCUCGGCGAGAAGCGCCAAGCGUCUCGAUUUGAGACGGAGGUGCCGGUCCUAGGGCACCUUCACGGCGUCACCGAAGAGGGCGGUGAUGGCUUAGCAUCACAACCAACAAGCACGAGCAUCCCUAUCAAUCCAGGCCUCCCAACCAGCCAAAAUGAGAACGAGUCCGCUUCAACAGACUCCAAGCACUUCAUACGCAAAGGCGCCCGCGUCCUGCGCGCCUGGUUCUCCCAAAACCAAGAACACCCCUACCCAACCGACGAGCAAAAGGCGCACCUCGCGCGCGAAACAGGCUUCACUGCCAAACGCGUCUCCACCUGGUUCGCUAACGCGCGCCGUCGCCAGCGCCUCAAGGUCCAGUCUGCUAUUACCCCCCGGGUUACCCGCGCUGGGUCUCCCAUGCCGCAGCCUGUCGUCGGCCGCUGGACGUCUAUGACUCCGCUUGAGCGGUGGGAGGCUUCGCCGCCGGAUGAUGAGGCCGUGCCGGAAUCUGCUAUUAGGGAUGCUUUGGCGGCUUCGUCAGAACCUACUACCUCGGCUGCAUCGUCGGCGUCUGCGCAGACGGAUGAAUCCUUUGCAGAUGCUUUCCUAAACUUUGAGGAUACAUCCUCGUGCUUUGACUCGUCCCUCUCUGGCAGUGGACUCGGCAGUCACCACUCCGAGACAUCCUCCAGCAGCGUCUCCUCCGCAUGGAGCCAUGGCUCCUCACCGGCACAUGUAGACCCCUCCCCAUGGUCUUCCUCCACCAGACACCGCCAACGCGGCCGCCCAAUACUAUCAUCUUCAUCAUCACCAACGGCCAAAAUCAGCCACCACCAAUUCGAAUGCACCUUUUGUCCCAAAUCCUUCAAAAAGAAAAGCGACUGGACCCGCCACGAAACCACCAUCCACCUGCCCCCAAUAGCAACCUGGAUAUGCACCCCAGAUCUAAACCAACUCCUUCCACCUUUUCCCUCCUUCAACUCCGAUACCAACCCCGAUGCCAACUCCUCUCCCUCCCAUCACCACCAACACAACCCCAACCCAAACAAACAAGAAUGCCCCUUCUGCCCCUCCCCUCCCCCCACCCACCCACCUCCCCACCCACGAAUUCCAAACCUGCGCCUCGCGCCCCGUCCACGAACGCACUUUCAGCCGCAGAGACCACCUCGCGCAACACCUGCGCAAAUACCACUCCUGCACAAGACAACACCCCCUACCAUUCGCGCUAGACGAAUGGCGCCGCACGCGCCCUGACAUACGCAGUGUGUGUGGCUUUUGUGGGAUGCAGUUAGAGAGCUGGGCGGAGAGGGCGGAUCAUUUAGCGGGGCAUUUUCGGAGCGGGUGCAGGAU